CCUCAAAACUCAUUUUCAAACUCUCAACCAAAAAAAAAAAAAAUGAAAACCCAAAUCCCAAUCAUCAUAUUCCUCCUAUCAACCACCUUAACAACCAUAACCACCACCACCACCACUAGCAACCCCUUACCACCAUCACCAUCACCACAACCAAAUGAGUCAAAUGACAAAGAUUUCAUCCGUACAAGUUGCAAAACAACCUUGUACCCACAAACAUGUUUCACCUCUCUAUCCGGCUACUCCGUACAACAAGACCCGGGUCGGCUGGCUCGAGCCGCAAUCGGCGUGACACUCUUCCAAGCCAGCCACAUGGCUAAAUACGUAGCCAACAUAACGCGCCACGCUGACUACAGCUGCAGCCCAAGAGCCGCAGCCGCGGUACACGAUUGCUACUCCGUGUUCCGCGACGCGGUGGAUGAAAUCCGGGGGUCGUUAAGCGAAAUGAGAAGGCUGGGUGGGUCCCAUGAGGGGAUGAGGUUCCACCUCAGCAAUGUGCAAACGUGGAUGAGUGCGGCGUUGACGAAUGUGGAGACGUGUACGGAUGGGUUUGAUGAUGUGGCGGAUGAUGUGAAGACAGAUGUUUGUGAACGCGCGGUGAAGGUGAAGGAAGUGACUAGUAAUGCGUUGGCGUUAAUUAAUAGUUUUGCGAGUUCGAUUCAAACCCCGUGAGUGUGGAUUAGUGACGGUAAUUAAAGUUUUGCUACUUGUGUCCAAAGUGAGUGAAAAAUGGUUUGUGACUGAUUGUAUCAGUCAAAAAUGUAAUUAAAUUAAGCAUUAGAGAUUUAGAAGGGAUUGUUCAAAUAUCAAUAUUGUUUUCCCAAAUUAAAAAAAGAAACUGAUUUGUGUAUUGUAGUUUAUGUUUUUAAUCUUAUAUGGUGUGGUUUGUGUAUUUA